CCAAGAAACAUUUGAAUGUUCCCAGCUGUCAUCUGGGUCCAGUGGAUUGGUAAAAGAUUUACAUAUAGUUCUUUCUUUGCGUUUACUGGUACUGGUGGCUUCAGAAAUGGAACGCCAUAACAAACCCUUUAGUGGGAUUAAGAAGGAUUUUGAUGGAAGAUUGCAGUGUUACAAGCAAGACUGGGUUGGGGCUCUUUGUUCAGGAGCCAGGAUAUUGGCCCCAACAGCAUACAUCUUCUUUGCUUCUGCUCUUCCGGUCAUUGCAUUCGGUGAGCAGCUAAACAGGGAUACAGAUGGUACUUUAAGCUCUGUAGAAACCCUGACUUCUACUGCUAUCUGUGGAAUCAUCCAUGCAAUAUUUGGUGGGCAGCCUCUUCUGAUACUAGGGGUUGCUGAACCUACUGUCAUAAUGUACAAUUACUUGUAUGGUUUUGCCAAGGGAAGGCCAGAGUUGGGGAAAGCACUCUUUCUACCAUGGGUUGGCUGGGUCUGUUUUUGGACUGCUAUCAUCUUGUGUGUUCUUGCUAUUCUAAAUGCCUGCACACUCAUCACAAGAUUUACAAGGGUUGCCGGGGAGCUUUUCGGAAUGCUCAUUUCUGUGCUUUUUAUGCAGCAGGCUGUUCUGGGGGUAAUCAGUGAAUUUAGACGUCCGGAGGGAGAAAACAAUACAACUAGAGAGUACCAGUUCCAUUGGGUUUAUACAAAUGGUCUACUGGCAGUCAUUUUCUCUUUCGGCGUCCUCAUUACGUCUAUGAAGAGUAGAGGCGCUAGGUCGUGGCGUUAUGGUACAGGGUGGCUUAGAAGUUUUGUAGCAGACUACGGGGUCCCACUGAUGGUGUUGGUGUGGACCGCGCUAUCUUAUGCUAAGCCUUCUGAACUUCCUAGUCAAGUCCCAAGGAGGCUCUUCUGCCCUCUUCCUUGGGAGGCUGGCUCCUUAUCCCAUUGGACCGUCAUCUUGGAUAUGGGGAAGGUUCCAGCCAUUCAUGUUUUUACUGCUAUAGUACCAGCUAUGAUGAUAGCAGCCUUGUACUUUUUUGAUCAUAGUGUAGCUGCACAAAUGGCGCAACAGAAGGAAUUCAAUCUGAAAAACCCAUCGGCUUACCACUAUGAUAUCUUGUUGCUUGGGCUCAUGACUUUGAUGUGUGGGUUGAUUGGUGUGCCACCUUCAAAUGGGGUUCUCCCGCAAUCACCCAUGCACACAAGGAGUCUUUCCGUUCUCAAGAGACAGAUGAUGCGAAACAAGAUGGUUAAGUGUGCCAAGGAAGGCAUUAAGCUGGAAGCAAGCAACUCAGAAAUCUUUGGGAGGAUGCAUGCUGUUUUUGUUGAAAUGGAACCUAAAUCAGAUAGUGUUGUGGAUAAAGAGUUGGAGAACUUGAAAGAAGCUGUAAUGAAUGGUGAUGAUGGAGAUGCGACUGGAAAGUUCGACCCAGAAAGGCAUAUAGAGGCCUACUUGCCUGUUAGAGUCAACGAACAGCGAGUGACCAAUCUGCUGCAAUCAAUCCUGGUGGGCUUUGCGGUUUUUGCUAUUCCUGCAAUUAGAAUGAUACCCACCUCUGUUCUUUGGGGAUACUUUGCCUACAUGUCCAUUGAUAGUCUACCUGGCAAUCAAUUCUGGGAGAGACUCUUGCUCUUUUUCAUCCCUGCUGGCAGACGGUUUAAAGUGUUGGAAUCACUUCAUGCUUCGUAUGUGGAAUCGGUGCCAUUCAAAUAUAUAACAAUGUUUACUGUGUUCCAAGUGGUGUAUUUCUUGAUUUGUUACGGAAUCACAUGGAUUCCGACGGGUGGGAUAUUGUUUCCUCUGCCAUUCUUCUUGCUCAUACCCAUUCGAGAGCAUCUUCUUCCCAAAAUGUUUCCCCCUCAACAUCUCCAGGAAUUAGAUGCAUCUGAGUAUGAAGAAUACAUCGGGCGUCCAGUUCAGAGCAUGAGUCUUUCCCGGAAGGAUGGAUCUGCUGAGGAUGGCAUGGAGAAUGAUUUCAAAAUUGAUUCGGCUGAGUUACUCGAUGAAAUGACCACCCGCUUUAGGGGGGAGCUGAAGCUUAGAGCGAGCUUCAAUGAUCGCCUGUUGCAUGAUGAGACGAGCAGCGGAAGAGGUGAGUUGAGGCUAAGAUCGUUCAACGAUAGGUUUCAUGCUAAUGCAGAUGAAAACAGAGCCCAAUUGAAGCUGAGGUCGAGCUUCAACGAUAAACUUUUACAGCACGAUUUAUUUCAGGUUCACCAGCAUAGUAGACUAAUUGACUGAUUCUUUAAACCAAGAUGAAACACCAGAAGAGGAAGCCUUGCCUUGGUUUCACCAAUAUUUAUUUUCUAGUUGUAUUCCCUUAAACCGAAUACAAACGUGAGUUUUUUUAGUCAUUUAAGACCUAAUGCUUGUGGAACCUGAAAUCAAUUACCACAAGAAACUCAAGCCAAAGAUUGGACCGAGUGGGGUUGAAAAACAAUGAUUAGGAAAAAUAGUAACUAAAUGGUCAUGAUAUACUCUUCAGAGGAUCGAAACGUCAAAUUUAGAUGACCAGUCAGUCAAGCUACGGAUUGAUGAUGAAGGUCGGGUUGGCUCAUUUGGUCGUUAGCUCUUGCAAACCCAGUUAGCUUAAACAAGUUUGGUCAUCUUCAUGACAUUUGGGAUGCCCGAUAAUGAGAUACAAGACAUGAGUUUGCUUGAAAUUAAACACAAUUUCAGAAUUGAAAAUGAAGCCGGUAUGUGCAUAAUAAACUCAUUUCAGCAA